AUGCUCAAGUUUAUAUCGGGCCUUGUGCUCUAUUUCCAAUCUGGAAAACAACAUGUUGCCCCAGUCACGGAGCAGACGCGGAACGAGCGACUGCCGGAGCUUUUGUUUGCUAACAUCCCUCAGUGCACUCUAAAAUGCAUCUACCCACAAGCUCUCGAAUGUGGCUGCGCAUACUCCGACUUUCAGUGCAUUUGCAGUUCCAUUGGUGAGAUAGCGGAAGAUGAACAAGUCGAGUUCUGCAUUACCCAGUGUCCGCAAAAUGAGGACCAACGAUAUGCGCCGUCGCGAAUUCUUGACUUUUGCGAACUAUUAGGCGUCGAGGUCCACCUCCCAAAAUAUAUGGAUCAAUUUGCAAAUUUGCACAGACGACAAUCAGACCUACCCAUAACAUAUCCUGAUGCGAGCUAUACUGAUCCUGUCUAUACUGAUCCUGGCUAUUCCGAUCCUGGCUAUAGUGAUCCUGCCUAUUCCUCCCAGACAACUUCUUACAUAUUGAAUCCCGCAACAGUGUUUAUCACCUCGACUAGCUCCGCGAAACCAACCUCUACUGGCACAAAUACCGACACAACAACGCCUACUAGUACGCCAGCACCAACUAAUACAAACCCAUCUGGUAAUAGCGGAUCAGGCGAGUCAUCAUCGUCAUCUUCGUCGUCAUCAUCCUCAGGCGGUCUGUCCACGGGUGCAAAAGCUGGAAUAGGAAUCGCUGUCCCAGUGGCUGUUAUUAUACUUGUCCUAGGCAUAUUCUUGUUUUACCGCAGACGGAAAGCAGCCAAAAAUAAUAACCAGCUUGAUAGCAAUGGCGGAGAUCCAAAGAAAUCCGUACCUUUUGGCGGCGUCGAAGCAGAUGCAGGACCGCCACCGGCAGAAGCCGAUGGGAAUCCCCUGAAUGAAGCAGAUAGCGGAUCUAUACUACCCUCACCCGAAAGUCAGAAUCAACCUAGGACAACAGUUCCCAUCUACGAAUUAAGCGGUAAAUCUACUGCUAUUAGACCCCCUCCUCCCGCGGCUCUCGCACCACACAGACAGAAUGAGUCGUUGAAUAGACAAUAUUCAGUGACAUCUUCGACAAGUAUAUCCCGAAAGGCAGUUGAGUCUUCUCCUACCCAGACAGAGUCGGAAAUUGAGGGCGGCAGAGCAUUAUCGUCCAAGGACCCAGCUAGUGCUGUCAAUGACGCUCAACCCUCUGAGAAUAUCAAUAAUUCCGAACAGCAAAGUUCACAGCAAAAGGAGCCGGAAACGGAAUUGAAUGCGCAAACGUCUGCCAGCGUUGAACAAAACGACCUGCAGCAGCUAGAAGAGGAAAUGGCACAAGUACGGGCGCAAAGAGAGCGCUUGCAACAUUUGCAAAUGUUAGAAGAGAGGGAAGAACAACUGAAGAAACAGAUUGCUGCGAGGAAAGCUGCUGCGAAGUCGACGGAAUAA